GUACCCCAAACACAUGUUGCUUUCACCUUUUGUUUGAGACGAUUAAUUAGUUCCGUCUACUCUGCAUGUUUGUCUCUUUUGUUACUUUUUCUUGUAUAAUCAUCUUUUUUAUUCAUUUUUAACAUAAAAAUCCCCACAAGUAACCAAAUGAGUUACAGACAAAAAUGACACACCUCCAAAACAACCACGACUACAGUUUCGCCCAAAUUUAUUUACAAACAUGCAGAGAAGUCCAAUUUUUAGCCAACACAAACACAAUAUACAACGAAACGGCGGUACCAUCAGUGGUACUACCAAAGGAGGAACCACCCAUCAUAGUUUUGGACGACGACGACACUUGGAACCCUCCACUGGUACCCGAACCCAACGAUCUGCAGGUCACAGGAGUUGGCGUCCUGAAGGAAUGGAUCGAUUUUAGUGAACUAUCAGUGAACCCUCAAACUGCCGUUGCUAGGAAACAACAAGUGAACCAACCUCAAAAGCACCAUGAAACUGCCGUCGCUAGGCAACAACAUGUCAACCACAUGAACCAAGAAUCUGAACAUUUUAAACUAAACAAAAAUAAAGUUGGCGUUGCUAUUGCUGCCAACCAUGAGGGUGAAACAAACCCUAAAAAUGGCGAAAUUGCUGUGAACCCCCACGAAACUGCUAACGUGGAGUCUCAGGAAGAUGAAAUGGGGGAGAAUUGGGCCGACGUGGACGUGGAGGAGGCCCCCGAGUCGCCCGCCCCUCAAACCUCAAAAUUCGCUUGUUCGCAAUGCUCGUACCAGACUGAUUGGAAGAGUAAUUUGAACAAACACGUGAUCAGUCGUCACCAAUCAGAGGAUGAGAUCAAAUGGCAUAAGUGUGCCCACUGUCCCUACAAGGGUAAAACAAGUGAAUACCUCAAAAUCCAUCUACGCCAACUGCAUGAACCCUUCGUGCAGUGGUUCUACUGUAGUAAAUGUCCCUUGAAGUUUAAAUUAAAUAAUACACUCAAGGCCCAUAUUCUCGCCACACAUACAGCCCCCGAAGACAUCAAGUGGUUCCAGUGUGAUAAAUGCGACUUCAAAUUCAAGUUUAAGAACCAAUUGGUGAAACACGAAACUAAUAAACAUUUGACUGCUGGUGAAAUAAAUUGGUUCAAGUGCAAUAAUUGUGAUUAUAAGUCAAAGUGGAAAAAGGUAUUAAAAAUGCAUAUUAUGAGUAAACAUACGGGGUAUGAGGAGAGUGAGGAGACUAAAUGGCACGUUUGCAAUAAGUGUGGGCGUUUAUUGAAAGGUAAACAAGCCUUGAAUACUCAUCUAAGUUCGUAUCAUUGCGAAACGAAAAGAAAAAAAUCCACAAAUGAAGAAAAUGACAGAGAAUGGAAGUGUGACACGUGCGGGUUUAAAACUUUCAGUAGAAAAGCCUUCGAAGAGCAUUUCAAGACAGACGGGAGGUCGUAUUUUUGUGCAUGAAGUGUAUUUUUAAUAAAUUUUAUAAUUCAU